UGAUGCAAAGACACUUCUAUUGGUCAGAUUACUUCAUGCAACUGACCAGAGGCUUAUUUUUGUGUUUGAAAUUUGAAAGCAUUUGUAUUGUGCCUAUGAAGUUCACACAUAUUUCAGACACACUUCCUGUUCAGCUCUUUCUCACACAGAUAGAAGGGGAUGUGGGUGCAGAAUCACUUUAUGGGUAAGACACAGAUGAAGACACAACACAUUCACAGAGCUGGACAGAGACAGUAACAGUGUGUAACAGAACAGGAGCUUUAAUAUCUUCCUGAAGCAGAGUUGGUGUAGAGAUCUGUGAGAGUGAACUCAGGAUGAAGAUCCUCCUCAUCGUCACCCUCUGUCUGAUCUCAGAUGGAGGAGCCUCAAAGGAAGUAACAGGAUAUUCAGGAGGAGGAAUUCUUAUUAAGUGCAAGUAUGAUACAGAAUACACACAAAAUGCUAAAUAUUUCUGCAAGGUUUCAUGGGCAGACUGUUCUGAACAAAUAAAGACAGGAGCUAAAAACCAGUGGGUAAAUUCAGGAAGAUUCUCACUGUUUGAUGACACCAGAUCAUCAGAGUUCUGGGUGAUGAUCAGAGAGCUCACUGUACAGGACACUGGGACGUACCAGUGUGGAGUUUAUAGAGAUUUAUUGAUAGCCAUUGAAACACCAGUGGAGCUGAAAGUAAAGAAAGGGUCCUUGGUCUCUAGAGACGUGACUGCAUAUGCUGGGACAAGAAGCAACAUCAAGUGCAAAUAUGAUGAAGAAUACAAAGACAAACCUAAAUCCUUCUAUAAGAUAGAAGAGACAGAUCAGUGGAGUUUUAAUCAAAUACGUACAAAUACAAAGAGUGAAUGGUCACAUAAAGGCAGAUUCUCAAUUCAUGACAAGAGAAGUGCAGGAUUCUUCAGUGUGUUUAUCAGAGAGCUGAAUAUGGAGGACACUGGAACAUACGCAUGUGUUGUUGUGACUGAUGAAACAGAGAUCUAUACUAUAGUGAAGAUUAAUGUAACAGAAGGUUUGUCCUAUGAGAAGUCCAUCAGUGAGACUGUCCAUAUAGGACAAGAUUUGACUGUAAGCUGUAAUUAUCCAGAAUCCCACAGGAACGACAAUAAAUUUUUCUGCAAACGGACUGCAACUGCUGCUUGUUCUUAUGUUUUGACUGUUAAAGAAAGUAGAAAGAAUGUAAAAAAGGGACAUCUCUCCCUGUAUGAUGACAGAGAAAAACAAAUCCUUACUGUGAGCCUCAAAAAUAUGGCUGAGCAGGACGCUGGUGAAUAUUGGUGUGGAGCUGAAGUGAACUGGAAAUCUGAUCAUGGCUACAAGGUUUAUUUCACACGGAUCAACCUGGAAGUAACUGGAUUUCCAGUUGUGGUCAUCGUGUUAGCGAUCCUCUUGCCACUUUUGUGUAUAAUCUCAUCCCUCGGUGUGAUUCUAUAUAAGAGAUACAAGCGACAAGUAGGUCAAGCAACAACUGCACAGACUUACAGAGAGUCUAACAGCGGAGUUGAAAAUGAAGCCGAGGCUGUUUAUGACAGUGUAAACGUCAACGUCUACCAGUUCGAUCCAGUCUAUGAAAAUCUCAGUUUUUAAUGUGACCAACAUGCUUUAGUCUAUCAGAAUGUAAAGCCACUGAGCUUAAAGCGUCUUAAUCCAAAAACCAUUAUGAUUUAAUGUCAGAUUAUAUUUGUAACUUAUAAUGAUGAAAAUCAGCCAGAGUUUGUUUCCUGUCCCUCUCAAAAAGAUAUAAACAUACAGCUACAAUAUGCUAACAAAUAAGGAAGGAUGUGUGGUGAGAGAAAUAGUUAUGUUAAUGAACAAUAGACUUUAACAAAAAGAGGUAACCAAACCCAGUACUGCAUCCCAAAUGAGGAAAAUAUAGUCUGAUGUGAUCUUUGUACUUUUUGCUUUAACAUAAAAUGUUUAAUUUCAUGUUAGUGUGUUCCUUGUGAGUAAUGUUGAGGUGGCAGACAGGAGGGAAAUGUAGUGUGGGAUUGAU